CUUAGUCCCCUGCCACUAAAUGGUUUUAUCUGGUUACGCACUCCUGAGUCCUAUCCACAGCUUUACUAGUGCAAGUCAUUAGCAAAUGCUUUGAUUUGUAGCAGCUUACUCAUUUUACUCUUCCUUCUCUCGGGACAUUCUCUCUUCGCUGACAUAUUCUCUUUCUGUGGAAGAUGUCAUCAGUUGUUGCAGGUGCCUCCUCUUCUUGUUCUGCAACUUUCUCAAGGAACUACUCCAUCAAAACUACACCAAAUCCAUCAGCACCUUCUCAAGGCCAACUGAAAACAACCUUCCAAGGCUUCUCAAUUAGUGAUGCCAAAUGGGUUGCCUCGGAUUUGUUCAUAGCUGAGAAAAAGAUAAGCUUUAAAAAUGUGAAGAGGGUGCUCGAGAUUACUGCAAGAACAACUGGGGCUUCAAAGACAAUUGAGGCGGAGGUUGAUAAACCACUAGGUCUCACUUUGGGUCAAAAGCCUGGUGGUGGGGUCAUCGUCACUGCUGUAGAAUCUGGUGGAAAUGCAGCAAAAGCAGGGUUGAAGUCAGGGGACCAAGUACUUUACACUAGCAGCUUCUUUGGAGAUGAGCUUUGGCCUGCUGAUAAGUUAGGGUUCACAAAAACUGCCAUCCAAGCCAAGCCGGAAUCUGUCUACUUUGUUGUUAGCAGAGGUGCUGAUGUGGAUGUCAAACGACUACCCAAGCGUCCAGCCCCUCCUCGCUUUGGGCGGAAGUUGACUGAGGCUCAAAAGGCUAGAGCGACUCACAUAUGCCUUGAUUGUGGAUACAUAUACACUUUAUCGAAGUCUUUCGAUGAGCAGCCAGAUGAAUACUUAUGCCCUCAAUGCAGAGCACCGAAAAGGAGGUUUGCACAAUACGACGUGACCACUGGAAAGGCAAUUGGCGGUGGUUUGCCUCCAAUUGGGGUCAUUGUUGGGCUGUUGGUCGGCAUUGGUGCAGCCGGAGCAUUGCUUGUUUAUGGCCUUCAAUGAUAUUACCCACUAAAAAUUUGGUGAUAAAUUUAGUAGCUUGAUUCAUGCUAGAAAACUCAUAUGUUAUGUGGAAUGAAAGUGCAAAUCAGAGGCAGCAAACAAUUGUUUUUUGGUAUGUGAACAAGUAGUGAGUUUUGGGUUACUCAAA